AUGGAGAUGAGCGAGUUACCAGGUUCGUGUUGGGGAUACAAAAACGUCUACAAGAAAAUAGGGCACAAGCCGGAUAGUUUCAGCCAGUACCAGCAGGAAUGCAAGUACAUGAUACCCGGUCUGGGGAUACGGUUAGUGAACGCAGCAACUCCACUGUGGAGACUUCACUAUCAAGAGCAGCUGCAGGUGAAGUAUGAAAGCCAGAGGAAGAUUUUGCAGACACUGGCAUCUCAUCUUGAGGAGCUAAGCAUAGAUACACAGAAACCUGGUGGACUCCACUGUCCUCUCUGGCCUGUAGUCCCUUCGCCCGUCAUUAAGGGCUACCAAAACAAAUCUACUUUCUCUGUGAACAGAGGAUGGGAUGGGAACCCCAAAACCGUGGGGUUGUAUGUGGGAACAGGCAGACCAAGAAAUAUUGUCUGUGUGAAAACCAACCACAGGGAGAAUAUACCCCCAAAACACAAACAAGUAUGCCAGUGCUAUGAGGAGUUCAUCUGUCGCUCCUCCCUGGAUCCCUGCAUCCUGUUUCACGAAGGCGGACACUGGCGGGAGCUCAUGGUACGUGGCCACACCAUGGCUAUCAUCACCUUCUACCCCCAGGAGCUGGGCCAGGAGGCACUGGCUACUCAGAAAGCAUUGCUUAAGGAGUUCUUCACAUGUAGACCUGGAACAGUCUGUGACUUGACUUCACUUUAUUCCCAAGAGAGCGCCAUGACACGCUGCUCCCAUGAGCCCCCCUUCCAGCUCCGUCACGGAGAACUACAUAUCUUUGAAGAAGUGCUUGGCCUGAAGUUUUGCAUCUCUCCAGCUGCCUUUUUCCAGGUAAACACAGGUGGAGCAGAAGUUCUGUACCAGGCAGUCGGGGAGCUGAGUCAGGCUGGUGGGGAUACCAUCCUCCUUGACAUCUGCUGUGGAACGGGGACAAUUGGUCUCUCUCUGGCUCACCAAAUGUGCAGGAUUAUUGGUAUUGAGGUGGUGGAGAAGGCAGUAGAGGAUGCCAGGCGGAAUGCAGCAUUCAAUGGAAUUUCAAACUGUGAGUUUCACAGGGGAAAGGCAGAGACCAUGUUACCAGAACUGCUGUCAUUGUGGGAGGAUACCUGACCCCUUGUUGCUGUGGUGAACCCAUCUUGGGCUGGGCUCCAUCACAGGGUUGUGCGAGCCAUCCGAAACUGCAAGUCCAUCUGAAGCCUGCUCUACAUCUGCAAGCCAGAGAGUGAAGCCAUGAGGAACUUUCUUGAGCUGUGCUGCCCACCUGACCCAGGGAAGAAGCUGGCAGGAGAGCCAUUUGCCCCCACGUUGGCUAUACCUUUUGACAUGUUUCCUCAUACUGUUCAUUAUGAGCUGGUGCUGCUGUUCACCCGCUGA